CCGUUCAUAACGACAGUAGCGUAGUGCAGCACCCAGCUGGAGUGCAGCUUACGAUUAGUCGCAAAUCCAAUGCGUAUCGAUCGACUAAAACAAAUACUACAGUUACUGUAGUCUCCUGCUCCAAACUAGCAGUGUCCAAUCCAAGGCACACCCCCGCAUAGUUUUCAACUCCUCCUGGCUUGUGGAUUCGCGUUGCAUCUCAAGCUAGCAGGGAGACACGAGACAGAAAUGCAGCAACGCAAGGCCAAGGUCGUCUGGGGCGGCGCCGAGAGCGCGGCGGCGCAGGAGAUCCCGGCGAUGGCGAUGGCACGCAACGGCAGCUGGCCUGAGGUCGAAGGAGCCUCGGAGCACUCACCAGUGCCGCGGAAGAAGAGGCUGGCCCUGGACGAGAAGCGGUGGAACACUGUGGUCAAUGUCAUGCUCGUCGCCUUCGUCAUGGCUGUGCCGCCGGUCAUCGUUGUCUUCGCUGGGGGCGGCAUCGUGCCAUCGGUCUGGAUCGCGGCCGCCAAGGCCCAGCUGCGCCGAGGUUCCAGCCAUGUCUCCUUCCCGUACGCAAGAAACCCACCUGACAAACUUCUCGGUGGCCUCCUGCCCGAUGGACUCGACGAGAGAUCAUGCCGCAGCAGGUACGAGUCUUCCAUGUACAGCCGGAACCCGGCACGGCGACCUUCUCCGCACCUCAUAGCAAAGCUGCGGAGACACGAAGAGCUCCAGAGACGGUGCGGGCCGAACACCGACGCGUACAGCCGCGCCGUCCAGCACCUGAGGGCCGGCAAGAGCGUCGACUCGCCCGAGUGCAAGUACGUGGUCUCCAUCUCGUACCGCGGCCUCGGCAACCGCAUCCUGGCCGCCGCGUCGGCGUUCCUCUACGCGGUGCUCACCGACCGCGUCCUCCUCGUGGACCCGAGCAACGAGAUGGACGAGCUCUUCUGCGAGCCUUUCCCCGGCACGACGUGGCUGCUACCGCGGCGGGACUUCCCCCUGGCGAGCUACACCAACUUCAGCAUCGACACCGCCGAGAGCUACGGCAACAUGCUGAAGAACAAGGUGCUCAGCGCCGACGUGCCGCUGCCGGCGUUCGUGUACCUCCACCUCGACCACGACUACGGCGACGAGGACAAGAUGUUCUUCUGCGACGACGACCAGCGGCUGCUGUCGAACGUGCAGUGGCUGGUCAUGAGGACCGACAUGUACACCGUGCCGGGGCUGUUCCUGGUCACGGCGUUCCAGGAGGAGCUCGACAUGCUGUUCCCGGAGCGCGACGCCGUGUUCCACCACCUGGCGCGGUACCUGUUCCACCCAACCAACCACGUCUGGGGCCUCGUCACGCGGUACUACCGCGCGUACCUCUCCCGGGCGGAGCUCCGGCUCGGCGUCCAGGUGCGCAACUUCGACCCCUGGACGCUGGAGUCGCCGGUCGUCCUCCGGCAGAUCACGUCGUGCCUGUGGAAGGAGAAGCUGCUCCCGGAGGUUCUUGACACGGAAGAGCGCUCCAUGCCGCUGAUGCCGGGCGGCAGCACCAGAACCACGGCCGUUCUAGUCACCUCUCUCCGGUCGUGGUACUACGAACGCAUCAAGGGGCUGUACUGGGAUCGCGCGACGGCGACCGGCGAGGACGUGAGCGUGCACCAGCCGAGCCACGAGGGGCAGCAGCAGUACGGCAAGAAGUCGCACGACGACAGGGCCUGGGCGGAGAUGUACCUGCUGAGCCUGUGCGACGUGCUGGUGACCAGCGGCUGGUCCACGUUCGGGUACGUCGCGCAGGGGAUCGGCGGCAUGACGCCGUGGGUGUUGCACAAGCCCACGAACGUCACGUCGCCGCCGGAACCGCCGUGCUUCCGGGACAUGUCCAUGGAGCCGUGCUUCCACGCGCCGCACGUCUACGACUGCAAGCUGAAGCGUGGAGCCGACACAGGGAAAAUGCUGCCGCACGUCAGGAACUGCGAGGACGUGAGCUGGGGACUGAAACUUGUCGAUACAAACUUGUACAAGACUUGAAAUUUCAGAACAAAUUUUGGGUGGAUCAAUCAGGUGCUGACAGGGUGGCAGGCAGGCAGGGUUCAAUUUGCUUAACUUUGAUGACAAAAAAUUCCAACGUGGUGCAGCCAGGGACUACAAAACCAUGGAAUGGGGAUUCUCUGCUGAUUGUUUGAUACAUGCACAGAUUGGAGUCUAAAUCCCUAAGGCAUUGUUUGGCUGUGGAUUGAAGUGCAGCUAAACAAGUUCUAAUGUAUGGCUUUAUCCCAGGUUCUCGAAUUGCAACCAAGCGGGAAGAAAAAAGGGCAAUAUUAAGAUCCAUGUGUUGUCUUGUAACAUUAAUAGAAUCUUUACAUGAUCCUAUGUACCUUCGACGGGUACGUAGGGGUUAAUGCUUGCAAUUUUGAGAUAGCAUGUUGACAGAA